AUGAGGUUAGUUUUAAGAAGUUGUGGGUUUUAUUUUGGCCCCAAAAAGAUAAGUGAAGUCCUGACCCCCAGUAUCUCAGAAUGUUCCCUUGGACAUAGGAGAUUUGCAGAAGAGUGUACUGGAGUAGUGUGUGUGCUUAGUUGUAUCCGCAAGGCUCCUCUGUCCAUGGAAUUUUUCAGGCAGGAAUACUGGAGUGGAUUGCCAUUUCCUUCUCUGGGGGACCUUACCACCCAGGGAUUGAACCCACAUUUCCUGUGUCUCCUGCAUUGCAAGAGGAUCCUUUAUCCACUGAGCCAUCGGGGAAGCCCUUUGUAA